AUGGAGGCGGUGGCGGUGGCCGGAGUUUUGAGCUUGAAAAAACUAAUAACAAUGCUUACUUCAAAGCAAAGCAAGCACAAAGCAUCAUUGGAGAAGGAGAAGGAGAAGAUGAUGGAUUUGGACACUCAAGCAAUGGCCAACAAGGCCAUGUCUGAGUUCCAUAAGCUUAUCAAUCUUCUUGGCCAAACUUGCUCCGGCCAUGCCCGGUUCCGGCGAGCUCCGUUCAUGUUCAAGUCCUCCUUGUCCUGUUCCAAUAUGGUUUAUGCUCCUCAGCCAUUGCAAUGCCUUCCUCCAAGAGCUCUGGAUAAUGGCUUUGUUAAGAGGAGGAAGGGGAAAGGAAGGAUGAGGAGGAUGGUGAGAGUGCCGGCUGUGAAUAUGAAAAUGGUUAAUGUGCCUUCUGAUCAUUUCUCUUGGAGAAAAUAUGGUCAGAAACCAAUCAAAGGCUCACCAUAUCCAAGAGGUUAUUACAGAUGUAGCAGCAUGAGUGGAUGUCCAGCAAGAAAACAUGUUGAACGAGCAGUGGAUGAACCAGAAAUGUUGAUGAUAACCUAUGAAGGUGAGCAUAAUCAUGUCCAUUUGCCAAACAUUAAUGUAGCUCAUGAGGAACUUUGUCCACAUGAUGAAGAUCAAUUAGUUUUGGGUCUUAGGUAA